AUGAACUCGUUAGCGCGUCUAAAAAAUUCUCUAGCAAAUAUACAAAAACGUAUUGAUGAUACUACAGAAUUCUAUCCGACGCUGGAUUAUUCAUUUCAUGAUGCUGAAACACUUGAAGCUGCUGUUUCGACUCGACCACGUGUACUAUCUGGUGGACCACAGGUUGUUAAAGAAGGUAAUCAAUAUUAUUCAUAUGGAAUCAAUCUAAAUCAUAAUAAAUUAAAUGGCCCAUUGGAAACCUUACCUAAGUUUGUACGAGAAAUAUUCAUCAAUCCCGAUGCUCUUUCUGUAAUAGAUUUAUCAUGUAAUCAAUUUACAGAAGUUCCUAUGGCUAUUAAACAAUUUAUAUCGCUUAAACAUUUCUAUUUUCAUAAAAAUCUUAUUGUUGAUAUAAGAGAAAUUCGAAAACUCUCUUCAUUGAAACAAUUGAAAUUCCUGACAUUGAAUGGUAAUCCGAUUGAAGAUGAUAUUCCCUAUCUUCGAUCGUAUGUCUUAUGCAUCUUACCCGGUUUACGAAAUUUUAAUCGUACAACAAUUAGUAGAAGUGAUUUAAAAAUAAGUAUCAUAUGGAAAACAACAAAUAAAGAUUUAUUAUCAAAAAUUUUAAAAAAACCCACAAAAAACUAA